GACAGUUGUUAAAAUAGGUUAAAGAAAAUUAUUAACUCAUGUUAAGUUUAAAUGAAAUGUGAUUUGUUAUUUAAUUGACGUUGUUAAAUGUUUUGUUACAUAGUUAUAUAACAUUAAGACAUUUAUAAGAAAUAAGUGUAUUUUGAUCAUUAAGGCAUUAGAAGGGCAUAAAGAUUUGGCAAUUUGUUGAUAUUCAAAUAACACAAAGUAUUUACAAAAUGGAAAUAAAAGACAGCCCGGUUUGCCAAUCAGUACCAAUGGAAAUUUCAGAAAACAUGAGUUUUCUUGCUUUUGCUACUCAAAGGCAAAAAGAAAUAAUAGCGAUGGAAAAUUCAAUAUCGAAUCCAUCUACAACAAAGCUUAUUUUUCAAAAACUGCCACCUCAAAUGCGCCGCAGAGUAAUGAGUCAUAAUUCUAAAAGAUUGCCAAUUAGAUUACGAGAAGGUCACAUGAACCAAUUAGCUAAGAGUGGAUUACCACCGCCAAGUAAAAGACCUUCAAGAUGCUACAGACGCAGACCAAAAAAUCUUGUUCUAGAAUAUAGAAGGCGACAGAAAACUAAGCAAUGGUUAGAGACACAUAUUUGGCAUGCCAAAAGAUUCCACAUGGUAGAAAGAUGGGGCUUUAAGCUUCCUGAAACUUCAUGUGAUAAAUCAUUCAGAGCUGCUUUUCGUGCCACAAAUGCUCAUUGUUUACUACAAGAUAUAUCUUAUUAUACGUGCUUUGAAUUGUUUGGUCAAAGAGAUUAUUUACUAUCUAAAUUAAAAACUAUAACAAAUUCAAAUUUUGGUUUAACUUUUGGUGCCAAAGCAUUUGCAAAGGGUAAUAGAGAAGGGUGUGUUGAAAUCGUACAUAAUGAACAUCCAUAUAAAGCUAUUGGUAAAGUUCAGUUUAUGUGGAAUCCAAUUUCUGAUGGUUGUCCACAAAAGUUAUGGAUUUUUGCUCAUCCCUCAUUUUCUAGUGAACUUUCAGAACUGAUUUUAAAAUUAUUCAAUCUAACUAUAGUCCAAAAUAUUAAUGAAAAUAUAAUUGAUACUGAGUAUUGUCACAACGAUGGUACUAGAUUAACAAUAAUUAGAGCUUUAAAUAGAUUUACUUUAACAGGCCCUUUAUCUAAUGCUGUUUUAAAAGAUACACUCCAGGAAAUUGGAAAUCCAUUAGAACACUGCAUUAAGAAUAAUUGGGCUAAUGAAUAUUUUAAUGACAAUGAAACAACUGAAAUUUGUGAAAAGCAAACUCUAAUUUGGAAUUCUAUAAAAGAAGUUUCCACACCUUCUGAAUUAGGUUCUCACAUGGUUUUAGGAUUGAUUAUUCUAGAUCCACGAACUCUAGACCGCACAAAACGAACAAAAGCUACUCCUGGUAGUAAUACUAUUGAUGAAUUUGAAAUACCAACUGAUUUAUGUGAAAGCCCGCUUUGGGAUUCUCGAAUAAGAGAAAGGAUUAAAAAUGAUAUGAUGUCUAAUGGGGAAAUAUGUAAAAUGAAAAGCAAGUUAAAUUUAGUUCCAGGAGAAAAUGGGGUAGUUGGUAAACACUUGCAAACUAUACCAAUAAUACUUAUUCAAAAACCAAGUAUUACAUGUUCUAAGCUAGGAUAUGGAUCAGGUUGGGACAUAAUAGUUCCACCGAAUUAUGCAAUGCCUUUAUGGAUUUCACUUAUUAAUCAUGGAGCAAGAGUUGGUGGAUUACGAGAGAGUAGAAGCAUAUGUUUUGAAUCACAGCAACACUAUUUAUUUCCUGAUACUGAAGCGGGUAAAAAUGAAGCCGAAAGGAUAAGUGCAGAGCUAAGAAAAAAGUAUUUCAGAUUACCACCUUCUAAAAGAGUUAAUUAUGUAAAAAUUGGUAUCAAUAGUCCCUUCAAAUGCCAUUGGGAUUUACUUAUUAAUGAAUGGGCCGGGAUAGAACAUGAAUACUUCCAAGUUUUGAGGGAUAAGCAGUUGUUAAAUGAUUUACAGAUGUUUCUUGAAAAAAAAUUUUCAAUUAAAAAUCUAGAUGCUAACUCAAAUUUUUUAAUACCAGUUCAUUUAACAAUGGUUAAAAAAGGAUUAUGCAAAGAUUUUUCAAUAAUUUGCCUUCCCAAAAUUAGUGAUUUGAAACUAUAUAAGCUAAAAGAAUAUGGGAAAAUACCAAUUGAAAAAGUACAUUUAGAUGAAAACAGGGACAAAAGACGUCUGGAACGACGUUUGCAUUUAGCAAUGUUGAAAAAAUUAAAACGAAAACGACUGUUGAUUAGGAAAUCAAUUCAGGAGAAUUAUAAUGGAGAUUUGAAGGAUUAUGGAAAGUUGUUACAAAAACAAACUGAAUGUAAAACAAAAUUCAGCAGCGAGUCUUUAGUUAAAACACAAUUAGAAAAAAUGAAAGAAUUGUGGUUACCAGAAAAAAUAUCCACUGUUCGAAAUCAGUGUUCUAGAGAAGUCAUGGGGUAUGUCACACAAGGUGGUUUUAGUUUUACUCAGCAUGCUGGCUUGUGUUUAGGGUUUGUUACAUUAAGAUCUUUGAUUCAAUUGCGUUCUUUAUUUAGUAAUAAUAUAGUUUUAGUUAGAAAUACAACAUCUAGGAAAUAUUCAUUUGCAUCUAUUAAUGUUAUCACAUGA